AUGGCCCAGAACCAUGACAUACGCCUCUUCCAGGAAGACGAACUACGAGCCGCCAUUCAGGCCUACUUCUACGACCAACCGCCCAGCGACUCGGGAUGGUAUAUGGCUGUCAAAAUCAUCCUCGCGCACACAUUGCGCAAACGAAACCGCAUGGGAAACUCAUUCGAAUAUGAAAAGUACCUACAAAAUGCGAUGGGAAAGGUGCAGGAUGUUAUCUUGCAGAGACCUACAGUACUUCACGUGGGUGCUCUAUUGUCGAUGGUCCUCUACUUUGUUUUCACGUGGGAAAAUCAUAUUGCUAUUACGCUCUUGAGCCUCACAGUUCAACCCAUUUUGCUGUCCGGCUAUCACCGUAGCAAUGAUCAUCCUGGUCUUACCGCAGCCGAAUCUCUUCACCGUCGUCGUCUCUUCUGGCAAGCCUAUAUCGUGGACCAUGACUUGAUGCUUCGCACGGGGGAAGCUUCCACUCAUCGGCGACAACUCCCUGACGAGCAUCCUCCCGGUGGGUAUGGAAUGUACUACUAUCCCAACAAUGUUUCCCUCAACUUUUUCCGUCAGCAAGUUCGCCUAGCCCAGAUACAGGGCAGGAUCUGCUCCUCUCUCCACUCCGGAAAUACCACCCCAUCCGAGUCGCAGAUCGAUCAACUCGACGGGGAGCUGCAAGAAUGGCGCGACAGCAUCCCCGAGAUGAUCCGGCCUGAGCCGACAGAGGCACCGGUGGAUGCAGACUAUAGUAGACUGAUGUGCUUAACCACGCUGCAUUUUACAUACUUCCAGCUCAUUUUUGCCAUUCAUUCUGUCGCGUUCCGGCUCCGCGCAGCAGAUGAAGGCAGCGAAGCUGAGAGCGGCGCCAUUAUGCCCAGUGUUGCCCUCUGCGUGGUCGCCUGGAGCGUCGACAUCCUCUUCAUCAGCAUCCUGCAGAAUAAAACAACCCAACGAGCUUCCCAGGAUCUUCAGCUCAUUAACAACAUUGUGUCCCUCUUUGAGAGAUACGAUCCGAACCACCAGAGUGCGUUCUCGUAUCACAUUAUCAAAGCUCUCGCUACUGUCGCCUCUCGUGCUCUGCAGAACGGAGCAAGGCUCUCGCCUGAUUGUAUAACGCCGCGUUCGACCGGAAUGACGCAGACAGCUGUCGUGGCGUCAACAGCACUAACGAGCAACAAUAUCGACAACAUCGCCGUGCCUAUGCCGAGCCCCUUGAGAGGGGAAAGUCUAGUCUCAGCUGAGCAGGAGCAAAUGAACUUGGACGACCUCAACCUCACAAACGAUGGUGGCUGGUUCACGGGGCUUCUAGACUGGAAUAUUCCACUAGAUUACCAGCCCGAAGUUUGGCAGGACUUCUCGAGCUUCGAUGCUGAAGAUGAAGAAUAA